AUGGCUGGUCCCAGGAAUCUGAUGCUAGCCGAGCCACAAUAUUUUUUAAAAGAUGGCGUCCCGGUACAGCUCGAACGACGGAAGCAGACGGCGGCGGAGAGGCGGAGUCGGACGACGUGGGGAAAGCGGACGGUGCAGGCGCAGCGGAGCCGGAAGGACAGAGUUGCAGCCGCGCCGGAGCGCGCCGCACGGGCAGGCGGGGCGGGGGCCUCCUCCCGUAGCCUCCUCCUCCUGGGCCUCCGGGGCCUCCGGGGCCGGCGCCGGCGUGGUCUUCCGCAGCUGUUCGAGCGGGCGUCGCGGCGCUGGUGGAACCCGCAGUUCGACUCGUGCAACCUGGAGGAGGCCUGCCUGGAGCGCUGCUUCCCGCAGACGCGGCGCCGCUUCCGCUACGCGCUCUCCUACGCCGGGGCCGCCUGCCUCCUCUGGGCCGCCUUCCUCGGGCUCCGGCUGGGAGGCGGCGGAGGCGGAGGGCGGGCGGCGGUGGCCGGGCCGGCCCUGGGGGCGCUGGCCGGCUGCGGGGCCCUCUUCCUCUUCACCUUCUCGCGCCGCUACGCCCGGCACUGCGGGGCCGCCGCCCUGGCCCUGGCCCUCCUGCUCUUCGCCCUCACCCUGGCCCCCCACCUCCAGGCCCUGGCCGGCCCCACCGACGCCGCCCCCGCCGGCAGCAGCAGCAGCAACGCCAGCAGUGGCAGCACUAGCAGCAGCGCCUCCGCCACCCCCUGCCGCGGCCUCCCCCUCCUCUCGCCGGUGGGCGGCUUCUCCAUGUGCGUCGAGGCCCUGCUCCUGCUCUACGCCGUCCUGCGCCUGCCCCUCUACCUGAGCCUCUUCCUGGGACUGGCCUACUCGGCCCUCUUCGAGACCCUCGCCUACCACUUCCGCAACGACGGCUGCUGGGCCGGGGGGCCCCGCGUGGCCGCCUACUGGGAGGAGGCCCUCGCCCGGGCCCUGCUCCACCUCUGCAUCCACGCCACGGGCGUCCACCUCUUCAUCAUGUCCGAGGUGCGCUCCCGCAGCACCUUCCUCAAGGUGGGCCAGUCCAUCAUGCACGGCAAGGACCUGGAGGUGGAGAAGGCCCUCAAGGAGCGCAUGAUCCACUCCGUCAUGCCCCGGACCAUCGCCGACGACCUCAUGAGGCAGGGCGACGACGACGAGAGCGAGAACUCCUCCUCCGUCAAGCGCCACUCCGCCUCCAGCCCCAAGAGCCGCAAGAAGAAGCCCUCCCUGCAGAAGAACCCCAUCGUCUUCCGCCCUUUCAAGAUGCAGCAGAUAGAGCCCGUCAGCAUCUUGUUCGCCGACAUCGUGGGGUUCACCAAGAUGAGCGCCAACAAAUCCGCCCACGCCCUGGUGGGGCUCUUGAACGAUCUCUUCGGCCGCUUCGACCGGCUCUGCGAGGACACCAAAUGCGAGAAGAUCAGCACCUUGGGCGACUGCUACUACUGUGUGGCUGGGUGCCCCGAGCCGCGAGAGGAUCACGCCUACUGUUGCAUCGAGAUGGGCCUGGGCAUGAUCAAGGCCAUCGAGCAGUUCUGCCAGGAAAAGAAAGAGAUGGUCAACAUGCGGGUCGGGGUUCACACCGGGACCGUCCUGUGCGGCAUUCUGGGAAUGCGGCGGUUUAAGUUUGACGUCUGGUCCAACGACGUCAACUUGGCCAACCUGAUGGAGCAGCUGGGCGUGGCCGGGAAGGUCCACAUUUCGGAGGCCACGGCAAAAUACCUGGAUGACCGUUAUGAAAUGGAGGAUGGGAAGGUGAUUGAGCGAGUUGGCCAGAGUGUGGUGGCAGACCAGCUUAAAGGCAUGAAAACGUUCCUGAUCUCUGGUUUGAAAGCUAAGGAUCCCCUUUGCAGCUGCUCACAGACUCUGUUUCCGGGCCUUGAAGCGGGAGACAGAAGCAAGUUACAGGGAGCCUCAUCAGUGGAGAACAUUGGUGACUUAGCAAAGGGUUGCAGACCACCAAAGAAAAACAAGGCCUGCCCUUUGUGCAAUGUUACACUGGCUCCCACCUGUGCAGCAAGUAUAGAGGAAGCAGCUGUCCAAAACGGGUGUCAGGACGAACACAAAAACCUCACAAAGGGUCCUGCGGGAUGCAGUCCAAAGGCCCAGAACGGACUCCUGAGCCCUCCCCCGGAAGAGAAGCUGAGCAAUAGCCAGACGUCGCUGUAUGAGAUGUUGCAGGAGAAAGGGAGGUGGGCCGGGGUGAGUCUGGAUCAGUCGGCUCUUCUGCCAUUGAGGUUCAAAAACAUCCGAGAGAAGACGGACGCCCACUUUGUGGAUGUGAUUAAAGAAGACAGCUUGAUGAAAGAUUAUUUUUUUAAACCGCCCAUUAACAAACUGAGCCUGAACUUCCUGGAUCAGGAUCUGGAGAUGGCAUACAGGAGCAGCUAUCAAGAAGAGGUCAUAAGAAACGCACCGGUGAAGACUUUUGCCAGCGCCACCUUCAGCUCCCUCCUGGACGUGUUCCUGUCUGCCGUCGUCUUCCUCACCUUGUCCGUCACCUGCUUCCUGAGACACGGGAUGGCUGCGUCCCCCCCUCCCCCCGCUGCGGUGGCCGUGGUCGUCAUCGCCGUCCUGUUGGAGAUGCUGUCCCUUUUCGUCUCCGUCAGAAUGGUGUUCUUUCUGGAGGACGUGAUGGCUUGCACCAAGCGACUGCUGGAGGUGAUUGCUGGCUGGCUGCCACGACACUUCGUUGGUGCCGUUUUAAUCUCCCUCCCCGCCAUUGCGGUCUUCUCACACUUCACUUCUGAGUUUGAAAACAACAUCUACUGCACGAUGUUCAUGUGUUGUGCGAUCCUGAUCACCAUUGUCCAGUACUGUAACUUCUGCCAGCUCAGCUCUUGGAUGCGGUCGUCUCUGGCCACGCUCGUGGGGGUUGUCCUGCUCAUCCUGCUCUACGUGUCUCUGUGUCCUGACAGCUCCAUGAUCUCCCACCUGGAUUCAGCACAGAACUUAAGCUUUAUGGAAACCUCCUAUUUUGAUUCAGCACAAAACUUCAGUUCCCCAAACAAUCCAUGCAACAGGACGACCUCCAAGGACUUCAGGAGGCCGGCGGACCUGAUUGGUCAGGAGGUGAUUCUGGGCUUCUUCCUUCUGCUGCUCUUGGUUUGGUUCUUAAACCGGGAGUUCGAAGUCAGUUACCGCCUCCAUUACCAUGGCGACGUGGAAGCCGACCUCCACCGCACGAAGAUCCAGAGCAUGAGGGACCAGGCGGACUGGCUGCUGAGGAACAUAAUUCCCUACCAUGUGGCCGAGCAGCUGAAGGUCUCUCAGAGCUACUCCAAAAACCACGACAGCGGCGGCGUGAUCUUUGCCAGCAUCGUGAACUUCAGCGAGUUCUACGAGGAGAACUACGAGGGCGGCAAGGAAUGCUACCGGGUCCUGAACGAGCUGAUCGGGGACUUCGACGAGCUCCUGAGCAAGCCGGAUUACAGCAGCAUUGAGAAGAUCAAGACCAUUGGGGCCACCUACAUGGCUGCCUCUGGCCUGAAUGCCUCCCAGUCCCAGGACGGCAGCAGCCCCCACGGGCACCUGCAGACCCUCUUCGAGUUCGCCAAGGAGAUGAUGCGCGUGGUGGACGACUUCAACAACAACAUGCUGUGGUUCAACUUCAAGCUGAGGGUCGGCUUCAACCACGGGCCCCUGACGGCGGGGGUCAUCGGCACCACCAAGCUGCUGUACGACAUCUGGGGGGACACCGUGAACAUCGCCAGCCGGAUGGACACCACGGGGGUGGAGUGCCGCGUGCAGGUGAGUGAGGAGAGCUACCGCGUCCUGAGCAAAAUGGGGCACGACUUUGAUUACAGGGGGACAGUCAACGUGAAGGGCAAAGGUCAGAUGAAGACCUACCUGUACCCCAGGUGCACGGACAGUGGGGUUGUCCCCCACCACCAGCUGUCCAUCUCUCCCGACAUCCGCGUCCAGGUGGACGGCAGCAUCGGGAGGUCUCCGACCGACGAGAUCACCGGCCUGCUGCCUUCUGGGCAGAACUCGGACAAGGCGCCCCACGCGCACGACCACAACGCAGAGUUUUUGCCCUAUUUCAAGAAGCUCCCAAAAGAACCUGUGAAAUUGGACGACCGACAUAGGUUUGGUGAGAAAAAGGACUGUGCGGAGGCUGGUCUCGAGGAGGCCAACGAACUGACCAAGCUGAACAGCUCGAGGAGCGUGUGAGGAUGCCCCGGAGCGCGGAGUGGGUGAGAGCUCCGUCCCGAGGAACGCCGAGCAGUCCUCCGAGGGGUGGGGGAGGGGGGGCAGGAGAGAGAGAGAGACCUUCCCCACUGCCCAAGUCGUUGCCUGCCUUGGGUGGAUCACAGCCAUGCCGGGCCAAUGCCCCUCUCGCCCUCUCGCUCUUUGCCACAUUCUUUCAGCGGAGAGGAGAUAACAAAGUGCCUUCAGACAGAUCCUGCUGGACUCCCUCUUUAGGUACCGAGGCACAAAGGCAAACCGUAGGUUGAGGGUAUGAAUGCGUUCAAGUGACGAUAAACCGUGGCUAUAUCAUUUGUAUUGUUUCUCACAAACAUUGUGUAUUGGGGUUAUUAUUAUUAUUAUUAUUUUGGCUAUUGCAGAUCCA